CAAGCAGAAUUAAGAGAUCUUCAACAACGCACCUGAAGACAAGACAAACUUCUACAAUGUUGAGCACAAACCUAGCCCUUGGCUCUCUUCUGCUGCUCGUGCUCUGUGGUUCUACGGUUAGUAGGAGGGCGGACUGCACGGACAGAUGCUGUCUUUUUGUGGAGAACGUUCCGGUUAAAUUAAAGAGCCUUCGAGCAUCAUUUCAAGGGAUCAAAUCAUAUUAUGAAGACAAUGAUGAUCUGAAUUCCGUGCUACUGGAUGACGAAGUAGAACAUAACUUCAAGAGCGUUUACGGAUGCCACGCUGUCAACGAUGUCCUGCGAUUCUACCAGGACACCGUCCUGCCAGCAGCGAUGAAUGACACGAAACACGAGCAGUUCAAAUCAUCCAUCGACAAUAUUGGACAGACAUUCAGAGGUCUAAUACGAGAAAUUCUCACUUGCAAAAACUACUUCUCAUGCAAGAAGCGAUUUGACAUCAAAGACAUUGUGACAUCUUACAAUGGGAUGGAAAAGAGAGGCAUGUACAAAGCUAUGGGAGAGCUUGAUGUGCUGUUCAACUACAUUGAAGAUUAUCUGGUGUCAAAGAGAAGGAAACCUUGAUGGCCAUCUCAAUUGAUGUUGAUGACCUGAAGUAACUUUGAAUGGCGGGAGUGUCUUGAAGGAUCUACCAACUGAGGCUAGGCUACUGUGAAGGAGUUGCCUACAUCUACACUUUCCUAUUCCCUGAGGACUCGUCUCAGACCCUCACCCUCAUGGAUCUACUCUUCUUUCCAAACCCCCCACACUAUGAGAUUUCCUUUCUCUGGACUUUUAUUGAAUGUGUUUGUUUAUUUAUUUAAGGGUGUUCUGUAUUGUAAGCCAACUAGUAUUGAACUUAUCAUGGCCGGGUUGUAUCAAUCCAUUACUUGAAAGUCUUUUUGUCACACUGUGACAUGCUAUU